UAAAUCAAAAUAUUCGUGUUUCAAAAUAAGGAAUAAUAAAUUGUGAAAUUGAAGUUCAAAUUUUUUCCUUUCACUAAAAAUUACUAUCUCUCAACAAGUGAUGAUGAGAAAGAUUUGGAAAUUCACAAUACCAUAAAAUUAAUUCAAUUUUUAGCUUGAAUUUGGGUCGCUUCAUUCAGAAAUAGACUCUGAACAAUAAUCACCGAAAAGAAAGAAAGGGAAAGAGGCUAGGGAUCUUGAUCUCAAUCUCUUUCUCUCCGGUGAGGUCUCGACAUUGGAUCCGAUCAAUAGGAUAUCCCUGACAUAGAUCCGAAUAACCAUGGCUCCAGUUUCCGCUCUGGCCAAAUACAAGCUGGUUUUCUUGGGGGAUCAAUCUGUCGGGAAGACCAGUAUCAUCACUCGCUUCAUGUACGAUAAAUUCGAUAACACCUACCAGGCUACCAUCGGUAUUGACUUUCUAUCAAAAACAAUGUACCUCGAAGAUCGAACAGUUCGAUUGCAGCUUUGGGAUACUGCUGGACAGGAAAGAUUCAGGAGUCUUAUUCCAAGUUACAUUAGGGAUUCCUCCGUGGCAGUCAUUGUCUAUGAUGUUGCAAGCAGACAGUCCUUCCUUAAUACUUCAAAGUGGAUUGAGGAGGUGCGGACUGAACGGGGUAGUGAUGUUAUCGUUGUGCUUGUUGGUAACAAAACGGAUCUUGUGGACAAAAGGCAAGUGUCAAUAGAGGAAGGAGAAGCCAAGGCUCGUGAUCUCAAUGUUAUGUUUAUUGAAACUAGUGCCAAGGCUGGCUUCAAUAUCAAGGCUUUGUUUCGGAAGAUUGCAGCUGCUUUACCUGGAAUGGAAACACUUUCUUCAACCAAGCAAGAAGACAUGGUUGAUGUCAAUCUUAAGUCUACCAACACAAAUGCUUCUCAGUUGCAGCAACAGUCUGGAGGAUGUGCCUGCUGAUACGCCCUUCAUUGAUCUGAGCUCCGAUUUUCAGAAUUUAUUUUGUGCAUCAGUAAUGCUGCAAAGUGUUUGUAAAAAAUCUGUCCUCCCUUUUUUUUUUUGUAGCAUCGGGCUUUUGGGUUUAGCUGGAUGUUUAAGCAUAUAACUUGAGAGAGGACAUUUCUUAUGGUAAGUAGGCUAGUCCUAACCUGUCCUAUAUGUGUAGCGUUCUUGUGAUCUCAAACAAUUGUGCCAAAUUUACUGUUAGUCAUAUUCAGUUUGAUUUUGUUUCUGAAAGGGUU